GCCUCAUAGGUCAGCAGGAUCGUACACUGCGCAGAGGCGGCAGCCACAAGUGAGACCUGCAACCAGAAGAGGAGAGAAGAAACCCGCAACAAAAACACAAGUGGACGACUUCAGAGAUGGCCACAGUACCAUUUCUGGUGUUAUGUGCUUGUGUUUUGGGGCUUUACCAUGUGGAAGCAACACCAGACACCCUGAGCUCUGCGGAUUCUUCUUUCUGUCAGGGUGGACUACAUGUGAUCUAUCCAGAACUGGACAUCGACAAAUGCCUCAUAAUUCCAAAAGACCGGGAAUUCAGAGAAAAGGUCAGCACAGUUUGGAAAGCCCCUCAGAUUUACUUCACUGGAGCACGCAAGAAAAAGCUGUACGUUCUGGUGAUGGUUGAUCCUGAUGCUCCGAGCCAUACCAAACCAACAUCUGCUUACUGGAGGCACUGGCUGGUGGUGAACAUCCAGGGCUCUGGACUCAAGAAAGCACAGAUACAAGGGACAACCCUCACUGACUAUUCUCCUCCAACCCCGCCAAAGAAGACUGGCUUUCACCGCUACCAGUUCAUAUUGUUUGAGCAGCCCCCGUAUGGACCAUUGUCACUCACCGAGGAGGAGUCAACCCGUGGUAAAUGGGAUCUCCGGGCCUUCGUCUCAAGGUUUGAUCUGGGAGAGCCCGUGGCAACUGUGCAGUUUCUCACCCAAAACUACAAAGACUAAUGGAUGCUCAGCUGCUUGAAAUAUCUUUUAUAUGUCAGUAUUAUCUGUCAGUACAAUGAUUGAACAUAAGAUGUUUCCCCACUUUCCGUAAAUAAACUGCAUCAAUUCUUCAAAGCUUGCAA